AUGUGGGGUGAAGGUUACAGGAUGACCGUCACAUGCUGCAUUCCAAGGUAUAAGUUCGCGGAGGAUGAGGAGUCCAUGCGGCAGAAGGUGCGCGUCAUCCUGAAGGGUGCCGAGAAAGCCGGCUGCGAUGCCUGCGUCCUCUCAGCCUUCGGCUGUGGUGCCUUCGGAAAUCCACCAGAGGAGGUCGCUCGAUUGUUCAGCGAGGAGAUCGCAACGGUGAAGCUGCAAAAGGUGUGCUUUUGCAUCUUCAACGAUCACAAUGCUGGCCGAGCGCAUAACCCUGAAGGCAACUACUUCCCCUUCAAGAAAGCUUUUGAACAUGACGUGGGCAAUGCGAGCGGCUACGGCAGUUGA